AUGAAAUCAUAUAAUUCUGUUCAUUUAUCAUCUGAUUCAAAGAGCAGAUCAUGUCUUUGCAGCCUCCUUGUCACCAUGUCUUUGAUUUGUGGUGCUUACUUCAUAUGCAGUGCUUGGCGUGGAAAUGAAUUUUUUAGUUUGCAGGUAGCACCAAAAACGGACAUGGAAGUGAACGUUACCGAAGAAAACGAACCCAUCAAGAGAUGCAAUGACAAAUGCAGGCCCACCGGAAGUGAAGCUUUGCCAAGAGGUAUUGUAUCUGUUACCUCAAACUUGGACAUGGUCAGUUUGGCGGGCCCACUUUCAGACGACAACAAGUCGAAGAAAACGAGUUUGCUGGCCAUAGCAGCUGGGAUCAACCAAAAAGUAUUGGUGAAUGAAAUUGUCAACAAGUUUCUGAGGGAAAAUUUUGUUGUGAUGCUUUUCCAUUAUGAUGGCAUUGUGAACGAGUGGAGCGAUUUUGAAUGGAAUGACAGAGUCAUUCAUGUCACAGCCAAAAACCAAACAAAAUGGUGGUUCGCCAAGCGUUUUCUGCACCCAGAUAUCGUUUCUGAAUACGAGUACAUUUUUCUCUGGGACGAGGACUUGGGAGUAGAAAAUUUUCAUCCAGGAAGGUAUGUAUCUAUUAUAAAGGAAGAAGGGCUUGAGAUUUCACAGCCUGGCCUCGACCUUGGCAAAUCCGAGGUGCAUCAUCACAUUACCGUGCGACACCAUGGAUCAACGGUGCACAGAAGAUACUACAAGAUUGGUACAUGCGACAGCAACAGUACCGAUCCCCCGUGCGUAGGUUGGGUGGAGAUGAUGGCCCCCGUUUUCUCGAAAGCAGCUUGGCGCUGUGUAUGGUAUAUGAUCCAGAACGACUUGAUCCAUGCGUGGGGCCUGGAUAUGCAGCUCGGUUACUGUGCGCAGGCAAGCUCUCUCUCGACUAGAGAGUUAAGAGGUGACCGAACAGUUAAAGUUGGUGUGGUAGACGAGCAGUAUAUAGUUCAUCACGGUCUUCCUACGCUUGGUGACCAUUCAACUAAAACUAAUAUUCGGUUACGAUCCUACAUUGAAAUGACGGCGUUCAGGAAUAGAUGGAACAAGGCUAUUAGGGAGGACGAGUGUUGGGUCGAUCCCUUUCGAAAAAUCAGUGAAUAG